AUGGAGCUCCACAGUGAUGGAGCUCCACAGUUACGGAGCUCCACAGUUACGGAGCUCCACAGUUACGGAGAUCCACAGUUACGGAGAUCCACAGUUACGGAGAUCCACAGUUACGGAGAUCCACAGUUACGGAGAUCCACAGUUACGGAGAUCCACAGUUACGGAGAUCCACAGUUACGGAGAUCCACAGUUACGGAGAUCCACAGUUACGGAGAUCCACAGUUACGGAGAUCCACAGUUACGGAGAUCCACAGUUACGGAGAUCCACAGUUACGGAGAUCCACAGUUACGGAGAUCCACAGUUACGGAGAUCCACAGUUACGGAGAUCCACAGUUACGGAGAUCCACAGUUACGGAGAUCCACAGUUACGGAGAUCCACAGUUACGGAGAUCCACAGUUACGGAGAUCCACAGUUACGGAGAUCCACAGUUACGGAGAUCCACAGUUACGGAGAUCCACAGUUACGGAGAUCCACAGUUACGGAGAUCCACAGUUACGGAGAUCCACAGUUACGGAGAUCCACAGUUACGGAGAUCCACAGUUACGGAGAUCCACAGUUACGGAGAUCCACAGUUACGGAGAUCCACAGUUACGGAGAUCCACAGUUACGGAGCUCCACAGUUAUGGAGAUCCAAAGUUACGGAGAUCCACAGUUAUGGAGAUCCACAGUUACGGAGCUCCACAGUUACGGAGCUCCACAGUUAUGGAGAUCCACAGUUACGGAGAUCCACAGUUACGGAGCUCCACAGUUACGGAGCUCCACAGUUAUGGAGAUCCACAGUUACGGAGAUCCACAGUUACGGAGCUCCACAGUUAUGGAGAUCCAAAGUUACGGAGAUCCACAGUUAUGGAGAUCCACAGUUACGGAGCUCCACAGUUACGGAGCUCCACAGUUAUGGAGAUCCACAGUUACGGAGAUCCACAGUUACGGAGCUCCACAGUUACGGAGCUCCACAGUUAUGGAGAUCCACAGUUACGGAGAUCCACAGUUACGGAGCUCCACAGUUAUGGAGAUCCAAAGUUACGGAGAUCCACAGUUAUGGAGAUCCACAGUUACGGAGCUCCACAGUUACGGAGCUCCACAGUUAUGGAGAUCCACAGUUACGGAGAUCCACAGUUAUGGAGUUCCACAGUUACGGAGCUCCACAGUUAUGGAGAUCCAAAGUUACGGAGAUCCACAGUUAUGGAGAUCCACAGUUACGGAGCUCCACAGUUACGGAGCUCCACAGUUAUGGAGAUCCACAGUUACGGAGAUCCACAGUUACGGAGCUCCACAGUUACGGAGCUCCACAGUUAUGGAGAUCCACAGUUACGGAGCUCCACAGUUAUGGAGAUCCAAAGUUACGGAGAUCCACAGUUACGGAGAUCCACAGUUAUGGAGCUCACGUCACUUCAGACUCUCUCUGAUGUCGAGUGAGGUUAAAAUCAUCAUUACUAGUCACGGCUGA